CUCACUUGACCGAAUAGCGCGCGACGAGAGGUUGUGCGAGUUAUACUGUAGCCGCCGCGUCGUGUUUCUUGCGUCCUCGAGUUCUUCGCAAUAUAACUUUUCCUUUGAGACAUGCAGAAAUUCAUUAAUUCAAUAUUUAACGAUUAAUAAACCGUUUUGUGAUAAAUCAGAAAAUUGAAGUUUUAUAAAAAUGUGUUACGAGUAACGUGUUAUUUGUUUUGUUGGAGUGCCGAUAAUAGUCCAAUUUACAACCGGAUAUUGCCAAUAUGGGUUCAAAAAUCGAAUACGUGGAUUCAUCACAUUUAUAUGCCACUAACUACGUUCGCAAUUCGAAAGCUAUCGGCGUGCUCUGGGCAAUAUUCACAAUUUGCUAUGCGAUUAUAAGCGUUGUUGCCUUUGUGACACCUGAGUGGAUCGGCGAUUUGGAGACAGAAUAUCCAAGGAAGUUUGGAUUAUGGCAAAUAUGCAAGUCUGAUGAUGCUAUAGAGGACUGUAAAGGAAGACUGGAUGAUUUCAUGUCAAUAAAUGGAUUAGUGUUUAAGAUAGUGACUGUGUUAGUGGGCAUAGCGGUCGCCCUAGCACUGUUUACUAUCUGUGCAAUGCUGUUAUUCUUCUUUUGUCAGUCAACUACGGUGUUCCACAUUUGUGGAUGGUUGCAAUUAUUAUCUGCUGUCUGCAUGGUGGCGGGAGUCGCAGUGUACCCGGCUGCGUGGAGUGAAACGUCAGUGCAAGAGACUUGUGGUCCGACCGCUGAUCAAUAUCAUUUAGGUCGUUGCCACGUCCGGUGGGCGUACAUCCUGGCGGUGAUCGGUUGUUUGGAUGGCAUUGUGCUGGCAGCCCUGGCCUUCAUUCUGGCCACCAGGCACGUACGUCUACAACCAGAUAGUGGGUACCCACCACCAUCGCUCUACAAAGGAGAAGUCAACAAUGCCUACGUGACAGAUGCGACAUCUGUGUCUGGUUCAAGGAAAUCUUUAGCUCUUCAACCAGUUUUGAUAAUGCAUCCACACGCACCUAUGGAUAUGGACACUUAUUCACAUUAUUCCGGAAGAACAGCAAGAUCGAAACAUGGUAUCUAUGCAAACACCAUGCAUAAUUAUCAAUUGUAAUAUUGUUGAAUGACCCAAAUCUCAACAAGUUAAAGCUGGUGUCGUAGUAUUGCUACUUGCCAAUAGAUGGCGCUGAUUGUAACUUCUGUAUAAAGAACUAGAUGGCGCUACUAAAAUAUUUAUAUUAUGAUUACCUAUCAAAAUAUAAAUUCGAAAAUCGCGAAUUAAUAAGUACAUUAAGUUUUACAGUACCUAUCUAUAAUAAUAGAUAUUGUGUAAAUAUUGUUAAGAUCGUUAAUUAUUUACCUAUCAUGGUACUUACCUUUUGUAGAUUUGAAUUCAAGCAUAUCGACUUAACACUAUGUGUAAGUUUAGUAAAAUAAGGAAUAAAUAUAGAGGAUUAUUACCACCACUAACUGCUGUUCACAAAAUGUAAUGUGUUCAACCAAUAAACAACGAAUAGUGAAAGAUUAUAUGUAAUUAAAAUGAAUUUAAAUAAUAUGAAAUGCUUAGGACAUUUUUUCAUUUUUAUAAUUAUAAAUUAAAAUAUUUUUAGUC